UCUCUCUCUCUCUCUCUCUCUCUCUCUUAAAGUCUUGUCUUUCUCUCUCUACGUAUAUCUAUCUAUCCUAACAGCCAAAUAGGUAAAGAAACACGCACAAAGAAAAGAGAGGAGGGAACAUGGAAACUCCACGCACCUUCCACCAUCAGAAACAAAAGAAGAGUCCACACCACCCUACUCUCCUCUCUCUCUCUCUAAUGGCCCAACUGGACCAAAAUUUAUGUACUCGAAGAAAUACAAAAAAGAGUGAGAAGAAAUAUAGAGAGAGAAAGAAGAGAUGUCUUCAAAUGUCCUCCAACCAAACCGACCUCAUAGAUACACACACCCAUACAUACAUACUCUCACACACACAAUGGAACAUUAUGUUGCCACAAAUACCCUUCUGCAACCCCCCAAAAAAUCCCCAUCUUCAUCACUUUCACUGUCUCAAAAGAACAACGUUUUUUUCCCGAUUUAUGUGGGCUUUUUGGGCUUUGUCUCGGUCAGAGUUUCACAGAGAAAACAGGAAAGCGAGAACUUUCUUACCUCCUCUCUUCUUUCUUUCUCUCUCUCUCUCUACACUUUCUCCCUUCAUUAUUUCUUACCCACCUCUCUCUGUCUCUCUCAUCGCAUGUAUUUCUUUCUCUCUCUCCUAUAUAUUCCACAUAUAUCUCUGAGUUUGGUUCAAAGUUUAAUAUUUUUGGUGUAGUGGGUUCUUUGUAUUUGUGAUAUGGUGUCUAAGAAGAUGAAAGGGGUUGCUUUGGAUCCAUCAGCCUAUGGUGUACGCGAGGAUGCUAAAACGAGGUUCAAGCAUCAGACUCUCAUGCAAGACUACCAAGAGUUGGUGAAGGAAGCAGAAGCUGUGAGAAACAAACUGGAGACCUCAAAACAAAGGAAAUUAACCCUCUUGGCAGAAGUUCGAUUUUUGCGCCGACGAUACAAGUACCUCUUGGAAUUUAAGUCUCCCAAACCUCCGAAGGGACGAGAACUGCGCAAAAACACUAAGAAAGAGAGGAUUAACAAUAGAAAGGAAGCCACUCUGCAAAAGUUAGCUCCAACACUAGACUUGAACGAGAAGGAAAGAACUUUUAGUGGAAAGGAAGCUGCUUUUUGGAACUCAACCCCAAUUCUUGACUUAAAGCAGAAGGAAAGGAUAUAUAGUGGAAAGGAACCUUAUCUUCAAAAUCCCACUCCAAUAUUUGAUUUAAAACAGAAUGAUUUAAAUCAGAAAGGACAGAUGUAUGGUGGAAUCGUAGAUGUUUUCCCGAGGCCAACCUUAGCUUUUGAUUUGAACCAGAAGGAAAGAUUAUAUAGUGGGAAGGGAGCUACUCUGCAAAACCGAGCUCCAGUUCUCGACUUAAACCAGAAGGAAAGGACUUAUAGUGAGAAAGAAGCUGCUGUGCAAAGCCGAGCUCCAAUCUUUGAUUUAAACCAGAUUUCGAGAGAGGAGGAGGAGGAGGAGGAAUUUCAAGAUGGUUGUGAACCAUCAAGAGUUGAGGAGCUGAAGAAUUGUUUGAUCAGAAGCGGAAGUGAUGAGCAGCAGCGCAAUGAUUUGAAAUUAUCUGUAUGUAGGAAUGUAGGGAAUGGAUCCAACAGAGCGGGGAAGAGGAAGAUCUCAUGGCAAGACCAAGUUGCACUGAGGGUUUAAAUAUUAUACAAUUGCAGAAUAUCAUAAUCCUGCAAAUAGGGGCUUUGCCGGCUUAGGCAAAGGUGAAUUCCAUUUUCUUUUGCCUUGGUAGUUCAAUGUUUUCUUUUCCUUCCUUUCAUAAAGAAAAAUAGCGCUUUUAUAUAUUGAAUAUACAUGAAAUGGUGGAAAUUAUUGUUGCUGAGGUUUCAUAUUUGGUGGAAAAUAUGUGGCUUAGUUUUCAUCUAUAUAUUUUUUGGGCUAAUGGAAAGAGGAAACAAGGAAUUUGGAAUGUUGCAA